AUGUUGUUAUACCCUGGGUGUCUUCAUGCGUACUCUCACUGCAUCAUUUAUCACCUGUGGUUUUUCCUGGGACUCAAACCGUAUACUUCCAGCUGUUGUCGCUGUCUGACUGAAAACGUGUGUUUAAACCAUCGACCGACCAGAGACUGCUUUACUGGACAUAGACCUAACGGUCGAACAGACCAAAAGCGCAGAACUGACAAUGACAGCAGAACAGAGAUCAGUGGCAGUGAAAACGUCUAUGACGAGAUCAACCUGACGGCGGCUCAGGCAGAGACUGGCCAGAACCCGUACGCCCCCUUACGCUCGGACCAGAACGAAAUCAUUAACGGCAUAGACACGAAGCUAGAUUCACUGGAAUCGAACCAGCACCGCCUGCAGACAGAGUUUAGGGAUUCCCAAACUAGGAUCCUGUCGGAACUUUCCCAGGUUAAAGAAAUGGUCAACUCUCUGAGUGCCUUGGUCAAGACUUCUUUGACCACUUUUCAACAGAUGUCUACCGAACAAGAGCAGCGCGUGCAGCAACUUGCCACGAAUUUAGGUCAAGAGGUGUUUCACAUGGGGGAGGAAGUCAUGACGACCAUUCGGAAAAGGAAUGAAGAAGAUUUGGCCAUUCAGAAAUGUUUACAACAGUUGGAGGCUGACAGAAUCUCCAGACCAUCUAGUGAUAGCAAGAAGAAUUCAAAGAGAAAUGCAUUACCAAGCCUGUAA